AUGGCCUCGCCAAUCGACCUUCGCAACCCCGGAUGUCCUAUUCGGGUUGGCAUCGUUUUCAUGAACAGCGUGACCGAGCACCUUGACAUUGCCCCUGCCAGCUUCUUCUCUUGUAUUAGUCGCAGGUUCCUCCAGCGGGCACCGCCGAAUCUUGUUUCCGAUGAGUUGAAGUCCCAAGCCUUGGACUUUGAGCAUCAUUGGGUCACUGAGGAUGGCAAGACUCCUGCCCGGUUGACAGGUAACAUGAAAGUGCUGCCCACGAACUCUUUUGCUGAUUGCCCACCACUCGACAUCGUGGUCCUCGGAGCUUAUGCGGUAGGCUAUCAAGUCAGCGAAACAGAGAAGCAAUUCCUCCGCAAGGCCUACGCUGAGUGUGCCGCACUUCUCUGUGUUUGUGCAGGAUUUCUACCGGUACUCGCUGCAGGGAUCCUCGAAGGCAAGACAUUGACCGCUCCGAUUCCCAUGCUUCCCAUGAUGCGGCAAACAGCCCCUGGAAUAAAUUGGAUCAAGAGAAGAUGGGCUCAAGAUGGCAAGAUAUGGACUACAGGCUCCUUGCUUAAUGGCAUGGAUAUGAUGGCUGGCUUUGGAAGACAUACUUGGGGCGGUAAAGAUAGUCUGGUUGAUCAUAUGAUUCGAGUUGGAUAUUGGCCUGAGAGAGAUGUUAAUUAUGCGGAUGCUCGCACGUCGAGGCUCUAG